GCCACUCACAGACAACACAGUAGUGCAAUAUUCCCAAACACUUAAACUGUCAAUCAGGAUUAAUGGUCUAUAAAACUCCCCAUCAGAUACAAGUCUUCCAGAAACUGCGGGAAUGAAAACAGACUGAGAAAGGGGCCCGGAUCUGACAAGCUCUUUAGGCAAAAGGACACAGGAAGGGGGAAAAAAGGACUACAUCGGUGCGUUUCUUUAACCGUGACAGGCAUGCAAACUUGCCUGGAUCGCUCACCGGGGCAAAGUUUAUGCCACUGUGUCACACACUGCGGGCGCAUUUUGCUAAAAACUGUUCGCUGGUGUCUGUGAUCAGGAGCGAGAGGAGGGUCUCCGCAUGGGGAUCUGCAGAGAGCGAAGUGUCUGAUCCUGAAAUCUUAACGGCAGGAGUGAAGGAAACGGCACGCGCCGAACGGGCACUUUCACGUCGGGAACAGCAGUCCUGCAAAAGACUGUGAUCAAGGAACUGUACUUAAAGACAUUGUAUCAACUCCGAAAGAACAAGACUGGAAUUAAUUAUCCCAACGGGAAAAAAGAUAUGGAUCUUAAGUAUUUAACUGCCGUUGUACGUUUCCCUAUCCAAAUGGUAUAUUACAUACUGAAGGCAUGCGUGUACCUGUUGCUGCCGUGCAAGCGGAAGGACCUGAGCGGAUCGGUCGUACUUAUCACGGGCGGUGGAAGGGGAAUUGGCCGGCACCUGGCGAGGGAGUUUGCCAAACAAGGGGCGAAAAAGCUGAUCCUCUGGGGCCGCACCGAGCGGAGCCUCAGGGAGACAUGCAGCGAGAUCCAGCAGAUAGGGACGGAGUGCCACUACUUCGUGUGUGACGUGGGCAACCGGGAGGAGGUGUACAGGCAGGCCAAGGUCGUCAGGGAGAAGGUGGGGGAUGUUACUAUUCUUGUGAACAACGCCGCUGUGGUCCACGGGAAGACCUUAAUUGACAGUGACGAUGACGCGCUGCUGAAAACGCAGCACAUCAACACUCUGGGCCAGUUCUGGACCACCAAGGCCUUCCUGCCGCGGAUGCUGGGGCUGUGUGACGGCCACGUGGUCUGCGUCAACUCCAUCCUGUCACUGUCCUCCAUUCCCGGGGCCAUUGACUACUGCACGUCCAAGGCGGCCGCCUUCGCCUUCAUGGAGAGCUUGACUCUGGGCCUGCUGGACUGCCCCGGGAUGACCUGCACCACUGUGCUGCCCUUCCACACCAACACCGAGAUGUUCCAGGGCAUGAGGAUCCGGUUCCCCCAGCUUUUCCCGCCCCUGAAGCCGGAGCUCGUGGCCCAACGGACAGUGGAUGCAGUGAGAAGCAACAAGGCCUUCGUCUAUCUCCCAUGGACCAUGCAUGCGCUCGUCAUCCUCAAGAGCUUCCUACCACAGUUUGCCCUUGAAGAAAUUCAUAGGUUCUCGGGGACGUACACCUGCAUGAACACGUUCAAGGGGCGGACAUAGAGGGCGGGGCCAGCCUAGCGACCAGCAGCCAUGUGAGGACCACGGCGCAGACGCAGACGCAGACGAGUACCCCGCAACGCAGCUCCGCAGCUUGGGGAUGGCAGCCGAGGCCACGUAGACUUUUCCGGAGCCGUCUGAUGUCUGUGGCCCUGCUUUUUGGUGCGUUUCGGGUGACUUUGGCAUAUUUGGACGCCAUCUCAUAUUCUUUGUCCCUGAGCCAUUCAUGUUUCGAAGUGUUCCUGUUCAUUCUGAAGUGGCAGCCCAGGGGCGAGGAAGAUCUGCAGCAUGCCCAGCCUACACCAUGAAACCUCCCCAAAGGACUCCAACUUAAUUCUUCAUGGUUUCAUAACCAGAUUUUUACCCUGGAAUUCUUAUAAACUUCUGAUUUCUUUUAAAGUUAUUCCACCCGCCAAACUUUUAAAGUAAAUGAAAUCUUAUUUGUGUGUUGGAUUACUGAAUAAAAUUGACUUGAUAAUUGCA